AUGAGUGACGAACCAACUCGAGUUAUUCCAGCAUUUCAACACCAGCUUGCUGACGUCAUAGAAUAUGACAAAUAUGUAUUUCUAAAUGACAUUAAUGUUGAGCAAAUAGAUGACUUCAUCCACAUGCUCAAGGACCAGGCAUCUUUGAUGAAAUCAUCUGGUGAAUCUUCGGCAAUGCCGAGGGUUGAGGAUGAGAUGGAUGAAGAGAUGGAGGCGGAAUACGAGGAGGAGGAGCAGCAGCAGGAGAAGGAGGAGGAAGACGAAGAGAUGAAAAAGGAGCAGCAGCAGCAGGAAAGGGAGGAGAAGGAGGAGCAGCAGCAGGAAAGGGAGGAGAAGGACGAGCAGGAGCAGCAGCAGGAAAGGGAGAAGGAGCAGCAGCAACGGGAAAGGGAGGAAGAGGAGCAGCAGCAGCAGCAGAAGGAAAGGAAGGAGAAGGAGAAGGAGGAGCAGCAGCAGCAGGAGGAAAGGGAGGAGAAGGACGAGCAGCAGCAGCAGGAAAGGGAGAAGGAGGAGAAGGACGAGCAGCAGCAGGAAAGGGAGGAGGAGGAGAAGGAGCAGCAGCAGCAACAGGAAAGGGAGGAGGAGGAGCAGCAGGGGAGAAGUAGGAGGAGCAGCAGCAGCAGAAGGAAAGAGAGGAGGAGGAGGACGAGGAAAUGGAGGAAGAUAAGCAGCAAGGACGAGCAGGAGGAGGAGCAGCAGCAACAGGAAAGGGAGGAGGAGAAGGAGGAGGAGCAGCAGCAGGAUCAAAGGGAGGAGGAGGGAGAGCAGCAGCAGCAGCAGGGAAGGGAGAAGGAGGAGAAGGAGGAGGAGCAGCAGCAGGAUCAAAGGGAGGAGGAGGGGGAGCAGCAGCAGCAAGAAAGGGAGGAGGAGGACGAGGAAAUGGAUGAGGAGCAGCAGCAGCAGAAGAAAAGGGAGAAGGAGAAGGACGAGGAAAUUCAGGAGGAGCAGCAGCAGGAAAGGGAGGAGGAAAUAAGGAAGGGUCAAACCAAGGAGGGUGAGAUGCUGGAAGAGGAGACGGAAUCAGAAGGAGAGGGCAACCAGGAUCGGAGCCCAAGUGAGGAUGUUGAGAAGUUCAGUGAUCUAAAGCUUCAGGAGGAAGAAAGGAAGGGUAAACCUUUGGAGGAGAUGGAACCUUUAGGGGUGAACCCAAAGGAGCAACAGCUCAUUGGACAUGUUGGAGACAAGAUUCACAGUGAGCUACAGCUCAAGAAGCAAGAGAAGAAGUGUCAGAUUGUGGAGGAGGUGGGUCAACAGGAGGAGGCGGAAUUAAGAGGGGAGAAUGCGCCACCGGAACACCAGGUGACGGUUGACGAUCUGUGGAGAGGAGUGGGGGCAGCAGAGGACCGAGGGAAUCAAAAGAAGACUGGAGAAGAGGGCAGGGAUAAAGAAGAAGACUUGGCUGAGGGACCGAACAGAAAAAGGAGGAACAAAUGGUGGCAUAAAUUAUUAUGCUGCUUCUGA